GACGUCGUAGCAAAGCAAUUCAAGCUCGUUCUCCUCUGAUUCUCAUCCAUGUUCAACACAGCGCAGUUUCAGUGAUCGAAACCCAACCAAAACCCUGAAAUGGGUUAUCUACGCAAAGCUUCCAAGACAUUGAGGCAAUCAAAUUGCCUCUCGUUGCUGUUCAAUUUCACUCCAUUAACCACCAGAAUAACCCAUCAAAGCUUUUCCAUUACGCGUGCUUUGUUCUGUUCCCAGUCCCGCCAGAACAACACCAGAGAGAAGAGCAUCAUUGAUUUGACCCAGUACCCUCCAGAACUCAUCAGAAACUUCUCCAUCAUUGCUCAUGUUGAUCAUGGCAAGUCCACUCUUGCUGAUCGCCUUCUUGAGCUCACUGGAACCAUUAAGAAAGGCCUUGGCCAGCCUCAGUAUCUUGAUAAGUUGCAGGUGGAGAGAGAAAGGGGAAUCACUGUUAAAGCACAGACAGCAACAAUGUUCUAUAAGAACAUCAUAAAUGGUGAUAAGUGUAGUGAUGGAACGGAGUCACCUACUUAUUUGGUGAAUCUUAUUGACACUCCUGGUCAUGUGGAUUUUAAUUAUGAAGUGUCAAGGUCACUGGCUGCUUGCCAGGGUGUGCUUUUGGUUGUUGAUGCUGCUCAAGGAGUCCAAGCACAAACCGUUGCUAACUUUUACCUUGCUUUUGAGUCUAACCUAACGAUUGUACCUGUAAUAAACAAGAUUGACCAGCCGACUGCUGAUCCUGAUCGGGUUAUAGCACAAUUGAAAUCAAUGUUUGAUCUUGAUCCAAGUGAUGCGCUGCUAACGUCUGCUAAAACUGGGCAAGGUCUUGAGCAAGUCCUUCCGGCAGUCAUAGAGCGUAUACCUCCGCCUCCAGGGAGGAACGAAUCUCCUCUGCGCAUGCUCUUACUUGAUUCAUAUUAUGAUGAAUACAAAGGUGUAAUAUGCCAUGUCGCUGUUAUUGAUGGUACCCUGCGCAAGGGUGACAAGAUUGCUGCUGUUGCUACUGGCCAGUCUUAUGAAGCUUUUGACAUAGGCAUCCUGCACCCUGAACUUACACCUACUGGAAUCUUGCUUGCUGGACAAGUUGGUUAUGUUGUUAGUGGCAUGCGGUCAACAAAAGAGGCACGUAUUGGAGAUACAAUUUACCAUGUGCGAAGAACCGUAGAGCCUCUUCCAGGCUUCAAGCCAGCAAGACAUAUGGUAUUCUCUGGUCUUUAUCCAGCUGAUGGAUCUGAUUUUGAAGCACUCAAUCAUGCAGUAGAGAGGCUGACAUGCAAUGAUGCCAGUGUCUCUGUUUCAAAAGAAACUAGCACUGCUCUAGGUCUGGGAUUCAGGUGUGGAUUUUUAGGCCUUCUUCACAUGGAUGUUUUUCAUCAAAGGCUUGAACAGGAGUAUGGAGCUCAUGUAAUCUCAACUGUUCCUACCGUGCCUUAUACAUUUGAGUAUUCUGAUGGCAGCAAGUUAGAAGUUCAGAAUCCUGCAACAUUACCCUCUAAUCCCAAGCAACGAGUGACGGCCUGUUGGGAACCUACAGUUUUAGCUACCAUAAUUAUUCCUAGUGAGUAUGUGGGACCUGUUAUUACCCUUGUCUCUGAGCGUAGAGGUCAGCAGUUGGAAUACUCAUUCAUUGACAGUCAACGGGUAUUCAUGAAGUAUCGCCUGCCUUUAAGGGAAAUUGUUGUCGACUUUUAUAAUGAAUUGAAGAGUAUAACAUCAGGUUAUGCAUCGUUUGAUUAUGAGGAUUCAGAUUAUCAACUAGCUGAUCUGGUGAAACUCGAUAUUCUCUUGAAUGGGCAACCAGUUGAUGCAAUGGCAACCAUUGUUCAUACCUCGAAAGCAUAUCGUGUUGGGCGUGAAUUGGUGGAGAAAUUGAAGAAAGCCAUAGACAGGCAAAUGUUCGAGAUAACCGUACAAGCUGCCAUUGGGUCUAAAAUUAUAGCAAGGGAGACGAUUUCCGCAAUGAGAAAAAAUGUUCUUGCCAAGUGUUAUGGUGGUGAUAUUACUCGAAAAAGGAAGCUAUUGGAGAAACAAAAGGAAGGAAAGAAGCGAAUGAAGCGUGUUGGUUCUGUUGAUAUACCACAAGAAGCAUUCCAUGAACUAUUGAAGGUUUCAUAGCUGACAUGUUUGAAGAUUCUACAUUGAUAAAAUAUGAGGUUUCAAGUUCUUCCCCAUGGAAAGCAUUUUGCUUAAUUCAGAUACUAGGAAAAAAAAUAUUUGAGGAAAUGGAAGAGUUGUAGGAACAAUUCUUCUGAUGAUGAAGAUCAGAGGUUAACUCAUCUUUAUACUUUUUAAGUACAAAUACAAUGUUUGUAACAUUCGAAGACUACAAAGGCACGCUACAAGUCAUCUUCCACCACAUGGUCAAUCCCUCCUUAUCAUAACUAAGCUUUUUGCACAAUCUAAAAGCACGAAGUAAGACCAAGUACCAGGGUCCAUACCAUGGAAGGCAAGACCUCACUGUUAAAUUAUUUUAAUAAUUAAUGUGGCCCAUGUAACUUAUAGAACUAAUUUUAUGAAAAGAUCCUCAAUGUGAUGGUCAUUAGGAUAUUAAAGCAAUUAAAGUUAGUUGGGGGUUUCAAAAUUCAAUUUUGAAUUCCCUCUCCUCUUCCUUCAGAAAAUUAAAAGAUAGUGGGUGGUUACAAUAACCAACCUACAAUAAAGGGUUUACUGAGCAGUUUUCAAAGGAACGUAUUCUGCUUUACUUCUCAUCCAUCAGAGAAGGACUGAAAGUGGAAGGCAAAGAGGAGAGAAAAGGAUUCAGAGAGCUUAAGGAUUUCUUCAUGGAUUCUGGCAUGAAUCAAGGUUAGUUAUCUCCUUCCUUUAAAGUUAGUGAGAAUCAUAUGAAUUAAAGAUCCUGACUUAGGUUUUCUGUAAGUUGAAAACCCUAUAAUAGAUGAAAUUUGCUUUCAAUUGGUAUCAGAGCAAGGUUGUAAAUUUUA